GAGGCGAAGCGAGGCUCUGCUGCUGCUGCUGCUGGGAACGGGCAGCUGCGACCCCAACGCUGUGGAAUUGCGUGCUGUGGAAUGCCGAAUGUGACACGUGACAGGGCGGUUUUGAAGAAUGUUUCCUGGAACGGGAUGCUUCUGUCGGCGUGGCUAAUUCUCCCUCAGCUUCUUUUAUAGAACAUCACGCAAAAGGGGAAAAUGAAGGGACAUUCAAAAAAGAAAUCUGUUUGCUUAUACAGUGAUGGCGGCCAAUGGAUGUCUAAUUUGCCGGAAUGUCUCUGGGGCAUUCCUCUCUCUAAUUUGUCACUUCCAGGAAGUCAUGAUACUAUGACUUACUGCUUGGAUAAGGACUCGAAAGUGAGCAUAAAUGAAUCCAAGUUGCUGCAGUUUAUGGACAAGCAUAUGCACAGCAUAGUACACCCAAUUAUUUUGAGGUGGUCUAUAACACAGGUGCUGACUCUGUCAGAGCAACUGGAUGCUGGAAUAAGGUAUUUUGAUCUGAGGAUUGCUCACAAGCCUGAUGAACCUUCCAUGAAAUUGCACUUUGUUCAUAUGCUGUACACAACAGCGGUUGUAGAGGAUGUCCUGUGGGAUAUUUUACGAUGGUUGAGAAAUCAUCCCUGGGAGGUUGUCGUUCUAGCUUUCAGAAACUUUGAUGGAUUAGAUGAGGACCAUCACCGCCAUUUGGUCUCCUGCACAAAGGAGAUCUUCAGUGGCAAACUGUGUCCUAGAAAUGUCACUCCGACCCUACGGAGCAUGUGGUCCUCUGGCUACCAGGUUAUUGUGUCCUACGACGAUCCAGAACAAGUGAUAAAGCACUGCGAGUUGUGGCCUGCGAUUCCCUACUGGUGGGGAAAUAAAACAACAGCGGCAGAGCUUAUCCGUUACAUGGAGAUGAGGAAACAGAAUGGUCGGCCAGCGGGAUUAUUUGUUGCAGGAAUCAACCUCACUGGAGAUUUAGGUUAUAUUCUCGCACAUCUACGUGGAUCUGUUAAGAAAAUGACUCUUCCUGCCCUUCCAUUCCUAAAUCAGUGGAUUAAAAAACAGCGUCCUGGAUCCAAGAAAGACUGUAUUAACAUAAUUGCUGGAGACUUCAUAGGAAAAAAUAACUUUGUGGAAAAUGUGAUAGGCCUUAAUAGAAAACUUAUAAAAUAGCAUUGCAGGUUUGAUGCAUGCUUGGGUUAACUCCUAGCAUGCUACCUCAAAAGAAGAAGAAACAAACCAUAAAUAACCCACCUACCUCACAGGAAUGUUCUGAAGAUUUUGCUUGCAGCUAGGAUAUGGAGAAACUGAAGGUGGCUCCAUGAAAAUCAUGGGAAUUUCUAUGAAAAGACCCAGUUUUCCUGGGAAGCAUUUAGUGCAGUAAUUGCACUAUAUCAAUAUACAAUCUACCA